AUGCCCAAAGUGAACAAAUACUAAAUUAAAAACUUUCACAAAAAUCUAUACAUGAAUAUUUGCAUUAGUAACAAGAAUCAUUAGAUAUUAGAUUGUUAUCAUCACAUUCUUCUCAACCUUGAAUAAUUCCAUCACCACAAAUUGGAUGGCAAUUUUCCAGAAAUUCAUCUAAAGUCCAAUCUUCUUGACAAAUAAACUUUUAUCAUUUAUUUACUCUUAAGAGCAAUUAAUCCUUUGAUCAAAGAACCAGUAUCUCUUUGUUUAUAUCAAGGAUUUUUUCAUGACAAUGAAGAAAAUAGCGAUUAGAUGUAAUUGUCUCUUCUAAAAUUUAAUGAAAUAAUAGCCAAAAUGAAAGAAAAUUAUGCUCUUUCGCUUCUACCCAAAGGUUUUGUUUUAGAUUGAUAUUGAAAGACAGUUUAGCCAAAAAAAAAUCUUAAAGAAGUACUUAGAAGAAAGAUACCAUAAUAAGAAUUAUUAAGUUAUGAAGUAUGUUUUAGACCUGUUAUUAAAAGUUAUUAAGAGAAUAUAUGUAAAGAGCCCAGCUUAAAUGCAUACUUAGAUCUCAAGAAACGGAUUACACAUCUGAAAUUUAAACAUAUUCAGAAAUGUGGAAAUCAAAUGGAUUAGAUAUGGAAAAUAAGAAGAAAUGAAUGA